AUGAGUAAAGUAAAUGAUUUCAUUAAAAAAGGUGGAAAAAAAAUUAUAACAACUGAAAAAAUUAUUAAACGACAUGGAAUUAAAAAAGCUUUAUCAGAAUUUCAUCGUACUCAUCAUGAUUCAUGGCAUCAACAUCGAGAAAAAAAAUUUACGGACGAUCAACUUGUUAUCUUCGAUGAUGCAUUAAUAUCGCUAAAUUAUUAUGAAGCUAUUUAUAAACAAUAUCCAACAGACAAAGAGAAGUGGCUGCAUAUCGAGGUGAACAAAGUUGCAAUUAAUUUUUAA